AUGAAUCUCGAGUCUUCAACUGAGCAAAGCACUGAAGAUAACGGAACCCCGUUACGUUUCAUAACUCAUCAACAAGAGCGUAACCGUAAAAAGAAGCUUCAAAAGAAGCUUGCCAAAAAAAGACGGCGUGAAAAAGCUAACAUUAAUGAUCCCUCACAAAUUACCGAAGUGAUAUCUAGUUUUUCGAGCGAAUCUUCCUCACAAAAGGAAUAUCCUCACUUUGAAUUGACAGGCCCUUUCGAGCGUUUUAAGAUCGAUUUGGAUGGGGAAGAGGGGGAAGAUGGGAGAACAGACGGCUUAAAAUCAGAUUUUGCUAACGGUGGUCUUCCAGGAUCUCGUCCUCAUCAACCAAGCUUGAAGGCAAGGACUGCUGCCCUCUUAGCAGAAGAAGCCGCGGCUCGUUCAAAGAAGCCGGAAAAAACAGGCUUUGACGAUGAUGAUGGUGAAGGAGAUGGGGCAAACAAGGAACCACCAUUGAGCAAAAAGAAGAUGAAAUUGCUUAACCGUCCUACCAUUGCGGCUUUGAAACAGGCUGCUGCACGACCAGAUGUUGUUGAGAUGUGGGAUGUCUGUGCUAAGGAUCCACACCUUUUGGUUUAUCUCAAAUCCUAUCGAAAUAGUGUCCCAAUUCCACGGCACUGGUGUGCGAAACGAAAAUAUCUUCAAGGAAAAAGGGGCUUUGAGAAACCUCCCUUUCGACUCCCCGAGUUUAUUGCUCGUACUGGAAUUAUGGAAAUGCGACAGACUGAUGCAGAAAAAUCUCUGAAGACCAAGAUGCGCGAGAAAAUUCGACCCAAGAUAGGCAAAGUUGAUAUUGACUAUAGAAAGCUGCAUGAUGCUUUUUUCAAGUAUCAGACAAAGCCAAAAUUGACUGUCCAUGGGGAUCUUUACUAUGAAGGAAAGGAAUUUGAAGUUAAAUUAAAAGAAAAAAAACCUGGAAACCUCUCUGACGAAAUGCGCACAGCUCUAGGACUUCCCGUAGGCCCUAAUGCGGAUCGUUACCCCCCGCCCUGGUUGAUUGCAAUGCAACGGUAUGGUCCACCACCCUCCUAUCCUAACGUUGUGAUUCCGGGUUUGAAUGCUCCUAUUCCACAAGGGUGUGCCUUUGGCUAUCAUCCGGGUGGUUGGGGCAAACCACCCGUGGAUGAGGUUGGUCGGCCCAUAUACGGUGAUGUCUUUGGUAAUGGCGGCAACAUGGCUGGUGUCCCACCACCUCCACCACCCACAGGGACUUUGGCUGAACCAGAAGAGGCGAUUAUCUCUGGUCUGGGUAAAGGAGGUUUGUGGGGCGAAUUAGAGUCAGAGGAUGAAGAGGAUGAAGAUGAAGGUUCUGAUGAGGAAGAAGAAGAAUUGGGCGGUGAAGGUGUCGACACGGAAGCUACUGGAGAGGCUCCUACUGGAGAUGACAUCACGAUUGCCGGGGAUGCUAUUCAACCUAUUGAGAAAGUCAAUGUGGAUUUAAGUGGUUUAGUCACUCCUGCUUCUGGCCUGAUAACACCUGCUGGUGGUGUGGUAUCAAGUGUGAUUGGCGCAGAGAGCGUGGGAGCAGUAGCGGCAUCAGCUAACACUGCCAACAUUGAAUUGCGCAAACGCAAGAUUGAGGCUGCUAUGGACAAUCCGAGCGGAUUCGAAACCCCAACUCCCGGUACUGGUCUAGCCGCUGGCCAACUUUACCGUGUUUUGCCCGAAAAAGAGACUGCUUUACAACCAGACGCCAUGUUGGCAUCAACUCGUGUCUACGAUGUCGCCCAAGUUACAGGUGCAACUCACGAAGAGGCUGACGAUCCUCGUGAGAAAAUGCUUCGGAAACGUUCUUCAGGCACCGAGUCUGAAAAGAAGUCUGGAACAGCAUCUAACGUGGUCACAACCAGCCAACCACCACCGGCCAAGAAGUACAAGGAAUUCAAAUUCUGA